AUGACCAUCGACACGCUCCGUCGAUUCUUUCUACCAUGUUUCACCCCUUCCACCACCACCACCAAACAGCCCACCACAACCUCAACCAAGAAAAACCGCACUAGCACCUCCUCCCUCCAAGACAACCACCACCAUACUAUCUCUCCUACCUCCUCCACCUCCUCCUCCGCCGCAACAACAAUCUCCACAACCGCCCCACCCCGCCCCUCCAAAUCCAUGGUUAUCGGCACCAUCUUCGGCAACCGCCGCGGUCACGUCUGGUUCUGCAUCCAACACGACCGCUUAACCCUAAAACCAUCUCUCCUCCUCGAACUCCCCCUCUCCACCAACUCCCUCGUUCGCGAAAUGCGCAACGGCCUCGUCCGCAUCGCACUCGAAUGCUGCACGUCCUCCGACAAUCCCGCCUUCUCCAACUGCCCCCUCCGCUCCGUCCCUCUCUGGACCGCCUACUGCAACGGCCGUAAAACCGGUUUCUCCGCACGCCGCCGCGCCGGAGAUUGGGUCCGCAACAUUCUCUCAACCAUGCAGUGCGUCACCGUCGGUGCCGGUGUUAUACCUUCCGGAUUCGGGUCGGGUUCCGAGGAGCUUAUGUAUAUGCGUGCAAACUUCGAACACGUUGUAGGAAACGUUGAUUCCGAGUCGUUUCAUCUUGUUAACCCGGACGAGUGCACCGGUCAGGAACUCAGUGUUUUCUUGCUCCGAUCCCGACACGGGGUGAAUCGUUGA